AUGGUGGCUGCCGGCAGGAGCAUGGCCGAGCGGUGGAGCCUCGCCGGAGCAACGGCGCUCGUCACCGGCGGCAGCAAGGGCAUCGGGCAUGCCAUCGUCGAGGAGCUGGCGGGGUUCGGCGCGCGCGUGCACACGUGUGCUCGCAACGCGGCGGAGCUGGAGGCGUGCCGCCGGCGAUGGGAGGAGAAGGGUCUGCAGGUCACCGUCUCGGUCUGCGACGUCUCCGUGCGCUCUGAUCGUGAGGACCUCAUGGCCACCGUCAAGGACACUUUCGACGGCAAGCUCGACAUCCUCGUGAACAAUGCGGGGCAGUCGCUGUUCAAGGCGGCGGCGGAUUGCACCGGCGAGGACUACGCGAGUAUCAUGGCGACCAACCUCGAGUCGUGCUUCCACCUCAGCCAGCUCGCGCACCCGCUCCUGCUGGCCAGCAGCACCGGCGGCAGCGUGGUCCACAUCUCCUCGGUCGCCGGCUUCAUUGGGCUCCCGGCGCUCGCCGUCUACUCCAUGACCAAGGGUGCCAUGAACCAGCUCACCAGGAGCCUCGCCGCGGAGUGGGCCCACGACGGCAUCCGCGUCAACUGCGUCGCGCCUGGUGGAGUCAGGACUGAUAUUAGCAAUGAUAGGACGAUUGACCCGGAGCUAGUGAAGAAGGAGAUGGCACGGCUGCCGAUGGGGAGGAUCGCCGAGCCGGAGGAGGUGGCGUCCAUGGUGGCAUUCCUCUGCAUGCCGGCGGCGUCCUACAUGACCGGACAAGUCAUCUGCGUUGACGGCGGCCGCACAAUAGCUUAGCUAGCUAGCUUAUAUCAGUCCAGUUGUCACGUGUCUCGCACGUGUAUGUAUGCGCACGUGAGACCAGCUACUGG